AAUAUCACAGAUGCUUUUUUCACACUGUUUGAGCUUUAAACGUUUCGUAACGUUUCAACCUUCGAGAGAAAAGCAUUAAAUGGAUCGUUUUGUCUCGUGUGGUUCAAUCACGUCGUCUAAAUCUAAGUGUUUAAAAGCAGUAAGUAAAUAAAAUCCACAAUGUCACGCGUAAGUUCUUUGGCUGAAAGUGUUCUCCCUAUUUCUGGUCUCUAUGCGAGACACCUUGUAAGGUUAAACCCAGCUGAAUUGCUAGCCUCAAAUUUUAUUUACCAUGUCACUGUAGGAGCUGCGCGAGCUCAAAAGCCCGUUCAGUAAUAAAUUACGGGUGCCCCAUAUUACAUCAUAUGAGCACAGCUGUAAUUAUUUAUUUAUACUAUUUACACGCAACGCAGAUUGAAUCGCUAUAAAAAGCUAUAUCGCUAUAACUGUUUCAAUACAAAUGUACAAUAACUAAUUCAUAACUUAAAGGAAAUCACUCGGGCGCAGUAGCCGAAUGCUAACACGGUUGCUAAGGACGCGUCAAUGGGUCCCAUUCAAAGGCCUUAUCAACACAGCAAAGCAUGUUAUAGAUUGACUCUACACAGAAGAGGCGUUAGGUUUGAUUCAAUCAUGGCUCCCCCUGCCACCAGUACGGGGACUAAAGUACACAUUCUCGCUCCUCAGAGGAGUAAAACUGACAUUUCCGAUCUGGGCGAACAUAAAAAACAAGACAGAAGAGCCAGUACUACACCGGCAAAAAACAAGAAACGGGAAAGUAUCCUCGCUCGCACUAAAGGAAGCCCAACACAGCUAAGGCCAAGUUUGGCGGAUAAUUAUGAAGUACCAAAGUCAGGCAGAGAAGGAUGGUGGAGAUCAACCAUAAAGGUGACACCAAAUCCUGGUGUGUAUGACAGCAAAGAUUUUCUGCACGAGGUUCAGCAGCGACCUGCCACAUACCGGUUCAAGGGAGAUGGACGAAAGUUAGACGCUCAUCCUCAUGGCAAAGGGGCGAUGUUGCUACCUGGGGCCUACCAACACGAUGAUUUUCUCUCAAGGUUCAACAAAUCGAACACCACAUAUGGCUUCAAAGCUGAAAAAAGAGAUGCUCAAGACUUUUUAAAUUGGGGUAAAAAAGACAAGUAUAUUAAUGUCUGUCCCACUGCAUAUCAGUUGGAGAAAUAUCUCUCAUUAACUGUGGACAAGCAACCUUCUAAACAUUAUUUUUUCAAGUCACAGUCAAACAGAUUUCCCACUUUUUAUUUUGCACCGAAAGAGGGACCAGCCCCAGGAAACUAUGAGUACUCACCCCCUGCGGCAGAUCAUGCAAUUUCAUCGAGUUUUAAGUCAAAAACACCACGGUUCAAGACAUCUCAUACUAAAGUCCCAGGUCCAGGUGCAUAUGAAAAGACAUUCCAAAGUCCAAUGUCAAGUACUAUUACCAAAAUGGGUCGGCAGCAUGGAUUGUUUUUCUCCAGUGCUUUUGAGGUGUGACAGGACCAUUGUGCUGACAUUGCUCAGUUUUGUAUCAAAACAACAAAAUUUGUUUUGCAAAUGAGGGCCAGGACCUUUUAAAAAGCUUCAUGCCAAAAACCUGUAUGUUUUCCUAUUCGUUCCAAGGCAGGAAAAACACAGAAAAAAUUGUUAUGCCAAGUUCCUCUCCUUUUGUAUUACUACAGUGCAGUGUAAAAACAUGACUGUUCCUAACACAAAAGUGCUGAUACUCAUUGCAAGUUUAAGAAAAAAAGGAAGCGAGACUGAGAGGCUUUUAAGCUCAAGUUUAUUGUGGAGAUUGGACAGAAGACAAGACCACACUCACAGUUUCUCUCCUAAAUCUACCAAGAACAUGUUAGGGCAAGAACUGGGAUAAUAAUGACAAAUAAGCCUUUGGUAUAAGACAGGGAUUGAAACUGUUCGAAACAAAUGCUGAUGCCUGGAGUGUAUAGUAUGUGGUUUCUAACUCGGACAUAAUAAUGAAAUUUCAUCCAUGUUUCUCACAAACAAAAUAAUGGAUAUUACUUGCUCAAUUUCAGCAAAUAUUUAUUUAUCAGCAGUGUAGCUGGUCUGCAAAGUGUGAUUUUAUUCCAGUCAUAAUAUUUUCAAAGAGAAGCAGAGGGUUAAGUGUUUAUUACGUUAGGGUACCCUUUUAUAAAAAUGCAUGACAAUUGCUUGUAUGCAAAAAGUGCUUGCAUUCAGAAGAAACACUCAAUAGUUUAUUGCUGAAAUACAGUCAAGAUUUGCUCAAAGAAAUGUGAAUGCUUUAGAUUUAAGUUUUGAUACAGUUAGGAAUCUCUUUCCCAGUGACAAUUGUCAUAUAGGUAUACAAAAUUGCUCAUAUUGUAAAAUGAACCACUCACAGGCUUUUAAUUCACGGAGUGCUAGUAUACACACACAUUUUAAAGAAAGUUGUUCAACAAGUCUGGCUUGAGUGAUACACAUUAUAUAGACUGUUCUGCAUUUUGCAACAUUAUUACAUCAUUUAUUUUUUCAAGAAUAAUAGACAUACUAUAUCAAAUGUAUUCACUGCAUAAAAACUUGGAUACACUGUUCAGCACCUCGUUUGUAUGCAUAUUUUGCUUUGGAUCACUCUUUGCAUGUGCAUGCAUUGGAAAAAAUGGCAUAUAAUUGUGAUUUAUUUAUAUUUUAUUAUGAAGUGCCUUUAAUCAAGCUUAUACUCGUGAUUGACAGUUGUAACGUUAAACAAGCCAAAUGGUUAACAUACUGACUGCUCCACGUGAAAGUGCCUGCUGGUAUAAGAACACAUACUGGAAAUAUACCAUUUACCUUUCUGCUGUCCGAGCCAUGUUUUAGCAUGGCCUAGGCAUGUGAUCAAUCUCUCAUCUCUUUGACUUGCAGGCGACCAUCAAUAAAUUGCUCAAUGUUACUUAGUCUGAAAAAAUCCAAAAUUUGUAUGGAUUUCAAAAUGAUCAGAAUAUUAAUAAAACUGAA